AUGGGUUAUAGUAAUCCAAUAUACUCCAGUGGUGUAGUGCAAAAUAGGAAACGUCAGGAGGAACGAUUGCGGGUACCAGAAGACACGUCUGCACAGCCCCCACGCAAGGUACGUGUUACCCCCAUCGUUCUUCGCGAUGCUUCGAGAUGGCGAGGCGUAAAUCACAAGUUUAUUUCUUUGGGCAUCAAAUUCGAACGUGCGGUUGCCGUCGAUGCAGGAAUCAGGAUAAUUCCCAAGUCCGAGGAUGAUUACCGCAGGAUUAUUCGUCUCUUCAGGGAGGAAGAGGUGCCCCAUCACACUUUCCCUCUACCCUCCGAGAGGAACAUUCAUGCUGUAAUCAGAGGAGUACAUGCGACACUUUCGGAAAUUGAGAUCAAGGAAGAGUUGCAACAGAGGGGAUAUUCCCCCCUGCACAUAAUUCGCCUGAAACGCGGUGGCGGCGUGCCCAUGCCUUUGGUGGUAGUCAUACUGCCCAAGAUAGAAAAAUCUCAGCAGCUGUUCAACGAACACGAGCUGCUAGGUUUGGCUAUCCGAGUCGAAGUUCAAAAGAAUUCAAGACUCAUCGGGCAGUGUCAUCGCUGCCAAAAAUAUGGGCAUGCGCAAUCUUACUGCACUGCACCACCUAAAUGUCCAAAAUGUGCUUCUGACCACAUGACCCACUUAUGCCCUCAAACAGAACAAGAGGAACGAAAGUGCGCGAACUGUGGAGGGGGGCAUCCAGCGAAUAGCCGAACUUGCAGAUUUGCCCCUAAGAAAAAUCUGCAAGUGAUAGCGCAAAGGCGCAAUGUAAGUUACGCGGAUGCAGCUAGGGAUGCAACCCGGGCUGCCCCCUCUGUGGGAUCUUCUGCGAACACGCAAAAUGUGGACCUGGCAACCGCGCUAAGGUCCUUACAACAGAUCAUAGGUCCUCUGAUUAGCGCAACACAGGCUUUGCAGGCGAUCUUUCCUGCAAAUGGCUAG